CAUCAAACUCAUACUCGAAUACUAAAAAUGAAGAGUUUUGGAGUUGUUGUAGCUCUUCUGGUUUUGCUUAACUUGACAAGCUGCCAUGGUGCUUUGCAAACAGGAUUUUACAAUGGCAAGUGCGGAACGAAUAAUGUAGAAUCCAUCAUCAGAAAUGUUGUCCGCCAAAGGUUUUCGAGGGACCCUACUAUUGUUGCUGCACUCCUCCGAUUGCAAUUCCACGAUUGUUUCGUUACGGGAUGUGAUGCGUCCCUACUCCUGAACGGCCCUUCAAGUGAAAAAACAUCGCCUCCGAACUUUAGCGUCAGAGGCUAUGACCUUAUUGAUCAAGCAAAAUCUGCAGUUGAGAGAGCUUGCCCCAGACUCGUCUCCUGUGCUGAUAUCAUUGCCGUUGCAACUAGAGAUGCCGUCGCUUUGGCUAGAGGGAUGAAUUACAGAGUACAAACAGGAAGGAGAGAUGGUUUUUCUUCCCAAGCUAGAAAUGUCAACCUCCCAGGCCCUUCAAUUUCAGUCCCUUCAUCCAUAGCUUUCUUUGGCAGCAAAGGUUUCACUGCUAGAGAUAUGGUUCUUCUUAUAGGUGGAGGUCAUACCGUAGGGAUAACACACUGCUCAUUUAUCCAAGACAGACUCUUCAAUUUCAGAAACACUGGUAGACCCGAUCCAUCCAUGAAUCCUACUCUACGUAAUCAACUGAGAGGAAGGUGUCCUCAAGGAUCACCGAUCGACAACUUGAUCAAUCUAGAUCAAACUCCUGGUAGUUCUUUGGUCGUUGAUAACGGUUCUUACAGGCAGGCAAGAGCCGGAAGAGCAAUUUUUGAAAUCGAUCAAUCCAUGGCAUCCCACCGUUCGACUAGUGGAAUCGUUUUUUCCUUGGCAAACAAUGGAGCAAGUUUCCAAACUCAAUUUGGUGCAGCCAUGAUUAAAAUGGGAGCUCUUCAAGUUCUUACUGGCAGGAGUGGAGAAAUCCGAAGAACCUGUGGUCGACGGAACUAGUCAUUGUAAUGCACGAGGAUUUGUUUAUAUAUUUUGAUUGUUUAUUUCUUGGUUUGUUUGUUUGUUUGCUUGUGGGUCUUGUCCUCUUCUCUUAUUGAUUUUGCAUCGAGGGAUAUUGAUUUAUCUCAAAUGUUCUUAUUUAUGAGUAAAUUGUAAUUUUGUGUUAAAGUUAUGUUCACCUUUGGUAGUAAAUAUAUUGUGAUAAGUUAUCA